AUUUCAAAGAAAAAAUAAAAAAUCGAGAUAGAUCCUGUUCAACUAAAGACGAAGAAGCUGAUUGGGCUCAUCACAUCCUUGGCUAUCAGUUAGAAACUCGAAGGAAGCAACUAUAAUAUUCUUAAAUUAAAAAAUAUAAACAAAAAUUGCAGAGUUGAGAGGGAGCAUGGAAACUGUAGUGAGAGACUCUCCGAAUUCCGAUGAGGCCGGAACUAGCAACACCGCCGUGUCUACUGGCAGUGUACGGCGAUUCCCGUUGGCUGCACAACCGGAGGUCAUGAGAGCGGCGGAGAAAGACGAUCAGUACGCCUCUUUCGUUUACGAAGCUUGUCGCGAUGCGUUACGCCAAUUACUAGGUACAAGAAUUGCUGUUGCUUAUCAAAAUGAGACAAAACUAUUAGGACAGAUGCUUUAUUAUGUCUUAACAACAGGUGCAGGACAACAAACACUAGGAGAGGAGUACUGUGACAUAACUCAGGUUGCAGGGCCUUUUGGGCUUUCUCCAACACCAGCCAGGCGUGCACUUUUCAUCAUCUAUCAGUCAGCAGUGCCUUAUAUUGCCGAAAGAUUCAGCUCCAGGGUUGCUUCUCGUGGAAUUGCCCUAAACGAUUCACUAUCUGAUGAAUUGUUUGGUCAUGAAGCGGCUGGGAGCAGCAACAUUCAGUCGCCUGUACUUAUUGAUGUCUCACCUUCCUCUACACCUGUUUCAGCUAUUUCGAGAUUGAGGCAGAAAAUUAAAGGAUUAUGGUUGAAUGCGGUUCAGAGAUGGCCAUCAAUGCUUCCCUUUGUGCGUGAGUUCUUACAGUUGGUUCUUCGCACCAAUCUCAUGUUCUUCUACUUUGAAGGAUUAUAUUACCACAUAUCAAAACGUGCAGCAGGGAUUCGUUAUGUAUUUAUCGGGAAACAAAUGAAUCAACGGCCUAGAUACCAAAUAUUGGGGGUUUUCCUUUUGAUUCAGUUAUGUAUUCUUGCUGCUGAAGGAUUGAGACGUAGCAAUUUAUCUUCUAUUGCAAAUUCCGUUCAACAGCAGACCUCAUCAGGGGCGCACAACACUUCAGCAGGUACAGGUUUACCUAUAUUAAAUGAAGAAGGAAAUUUAAUAUCUGGUAAUUAUGAGCAGAAAAUCUUUGUCUCUGAUACAGCAUCUACUUCAGAGUCUCAACCUAAUUCAGUCAGCAAGUGCACACUCUGUCUUAGUAAUCGCCAAGACCCAACAGCCACACCUUGCGGUCAUGUGUUUUGCUGGAACUGCAUUAUGGAGUGGUGUAAUGAGAAGCCAGAAUGUCCACUCUGCCGUUCCCCUUUGACUCAUUCAAGCUUAGUUUGUUUAUAUCAUUCAGAUUUUUAGUCCUGGACAAGUUUAUCACUUGAAGAAAGAUAACUAGAGUGGAUCUUUAGUUUAUUAACAAAAGAGAUGGUGCCUUCAGGCAUGAAUUCCGAGCAUGCAUUCCUUCAGGCACUAUUAAGGUAAAAAAGAGCAGCAGCAGCAUCAUAAUAAAUCCGAGCAUGAAUUCCUUCAGGCGCUAUCAAGGAAUGUUCAGUUUUAUGCACCCUGGUCGGAAUGCCAUUUAUGUUGAUUACUGUGCCAUUAUAGAUUCAAGUCAGAAAUGAAUUUUGAAUUUAUGUUGUACUAUAUUUUGCCUAUAAUGAUAAGAAUGAAGUCACAUUAUUUCCAAA